GUGAAGAGUGAACACGACCGGAGAGUGUUAGGGGAAACGGGAGCAGCCUAAAAAGCAGGCAAGCGCAAGCCCCAGGGGAGUUUCACUUCCUCAGGGCGUCCAGGCAAGGCCGCAUGGUGGCCCUGUGGCCUGAGCCCGCGGGCGGCCGUUUCCGGCUCGGCGGACAGAGCCGCCCGCGGUGAGCAGACGAGGAGGGCGUCCGGAGACGAACUCGCCGAGACUCUCCCGCAGCAGAGUCCGGUCCGCGGGCUGCCUGGCUUCAGCCGCCCGCCGCGAUGCUGCCUGCAGCGCCGGGCCGGGCGCGCGGGAGCCGGGAGCGGCCCCGCUGCGGCCCAGCGCCCCCAGAAAAUACAAAAGACAUCCUAAUGAUAUAUGGAGAAGAUGCUGAGGAAUGGGCUCUGUACUUGAGGGAAGUCUUUUUACAUGUUGUGAAAAGGGAAGCGGUCCUGUUAUAUCACUUGGAGAACUACUCUUUUUGGGAUCUGGAAUUGCUUAGUUUAAGCUCUUACAAAUGUAAAUUUUUGAUAUUAUCAAAUAGCCUGCUUAAAGACCUAACUCCAAAGAAAUGUCAGUUUCUGGAAAAGAUACUUCAUUCACCAGAAAGUAUGGUUACUCUGCUGUGUGGGGUGAAGAGUUCAGAUCAGCUCUACAAAUUAUUAAACAUCACCGGAGGCAGAUGGGAGAUGUCUACUGAGCAGGAACCCGAAGAUUACAUCGCUGUAAUCGAGAGUAUCAUAUUCAAAGGUUCUGAUGACUACCUUGAGGUUAAUAUUCCAACGGACCUAAAAGUGGAACAUUCCAGGGAAAUAAGUAAGAGACAGGACACUGAAGAAUUAUCAAAAACUUCACGAGACACCAUACCACAGGCAAUUGUGCUUCCUGCUGAAAUUCCAUGUGAGAAUCCUGGUGAAAUAUUUAUUAUUUUAAGAGAUGAAGUCAUUGGUGAUACUGUGGAGGUUGAAUUUACAUCAAAUAGCAAAUGUGUUAGAACACAGCCAACCCGUUGGAAUAAGACAGUCUGGUGUAUGGAAGCUUUAGAUUUUCCUGCUGGGUCUGUCAAUGUCCAUGUCUACUGUGAUGGAGUCAUCAAGGCCACAACAGAGAUUAAGUACUCUACACCAGCAAAGCCUGUGGACUGCCUAUUGGGAGUGGCUGGUCCAGGAGAUGGUGUGUGCCAGGAAGACAUUGAUGAACUUGAUGAUAUUCUCACAUCUGUAUUCAAGCAUGAGAUACCAUAUUAUGAGUUUCAAUCAUGCCAACCUGAAAUCAACCCUCAAAGAGAAGACACUCAUUUCAAAAAACUUCCAACUCUUCUCCACUGUGCAGCAAAAUUUGGUUUAAAGAACUUAGCUAUUCAUUUGCUUCAGUGUUCAGGAGCAACCCAGGCAUCUAAGAUGAAAAAUUUGGAGGGUUCAGAUCCAGCACAUAUCGCUGAAAGACAUGGUCACAGAGAGCUCAAGAAAAUCUUCGAAGACUUCUCAAUACCAGAAGUUAGUGGAAAUAAUGAUCAAGAAAAUGACUAUGAAGAUGAUUUUACUUCAUUAUUAGCAUAUUCUCCUAGCUUACAGAACCCAGCAUUUCAUCCUGAAAGUGGACAGACAUACAGACAGUGUGCAGAAGGAGAUGAGGCAGAUGAGCUGGCAAAGGAAGAUAAAGUGAAUGAAUCGGGCACCGAGGCUGAGCACAGCCUCGCGGAGGUUGGGGUUGGCGCUUCUGUGAACCAGUAUGAUGAUGACUUGUAUGUGUUCAUUCCUGAAGACAAUCCAGAACAUAAUUCACGAGAGCCCCUCGUGAGCAACAGACCACCUCUCCCCCCGCCACGACCUGUAGCUGCUGCCUUCCCGCUGGAAAAACUCCACUGCACAUUACAGGCAGGGAAAAUGGUGGAAGGCCAAAUGGAAAGAAGUCAAAGCUGGUGUGAUCUUGGAGCAAGACAAGAAACGGGAGGUGAAGCUAACGAAGAAGAAAGGGGAGAAAAUGAAAUGGAGAAGGAGGAAGACCCAUAUACAUUUGCUGAGAUUGAAGACAGUGAUUAUGACAUGAUAUUGGCCAAUAUGAGUACAAAGAAAAAACUUGGGAGUCGGUCUUUUAUUAUAAACAGACCUCCUGCCCCUACACCUCGACCCACAAAUAUCCCUCCAAAAGAGGAAACCACACCUUACAUAGCUCAAGUGUUUCAACAAAAAGCAGCCCGAAGACAAUCUGAUGGUGACAGGUUCCACGGUCCUAAGAGACAAGACAGAGCUCGGCUGGAGGGUCAGGUCUUUUCCACCGUGGACUGCCUUGCUGCUGGGCAGGAAGAGCUCAUCCUUCUGCAAGAGAAAGUCAAGAAUGGGAAACUGUCUGUGGAUGAAGCCCUAGAGAAAUUUAAACAUUGGCAGAUGGGAAAGACUGAACUGGAGAUGAUUCAGCAGGAAAAAUUACGCCAACUCCGAGACUGCAUCAUUGGGAAAAGGCCAGAAGAAGAAAAUGUCUCUGAUAAACUCACCAUUGUGCACCAUCCAAAUGGUAACGAAAGUGCCCGCAACGAAAAUACAUUAUAUAACACACCCUUCCGCAAUAAGCUUCCUACUCGACUCCAGGUUGAAAAGGAAUUUGGUUUCUGUUGCAGGAAAGAUUACUAAAGAAGGUUAUUAUAAUGAAACCCAAAAAAUCUGCAGACACUGUGCUUUCUGGGUGAAGCAUGCUUGCAUUUGGAUUGCCUACUGUCUUCA